UAGCAACCACAGGAGUCCAUAGUAACGGAGAAGAACACAGCAAGGAAUAAGUUCUGAUGUUUUUUUAGCCACAAAUCUGUCAUUUCUACUAAUGUACUUAGACUAUUAGUAUUACAUUCACAGUUGUUAUAGAUUUAAUCAUUGCUACAAAAGCUCAAAGCAUCACUGCAACCGUCAUCUUUUUAAAAUGGGAGACAAAAACCAACAAACCCGUCCCAAACGUAUUUUUGUCAACGACGUCGACAGGUAUUCCUCCAAGCACAUCGCUAAGUUUUUAUCAACAUGCGGAGAGACAUCUGAAGAUGCCGAAGCAGAGGAGCCGUCAGCCUCCCCUGGAGGUCAACCAGCUUUCCAAAUAGUCGCGACUGUGUCCUCUUCCUCCACAGACGAGAGAGCAAGCUCUCUGCUAGAGCAAUACACGUCACCAACCCGAGAUGAGCUUCUUCAGCACCUGCUGGAGUGUGAUGUGGUGGUGUACAACAUCUCAGAAAAUGCAACACAACAGCAGAUUGAAGAGGCAACAUGGGCACUCACAGCUCUUCAGGCUGAGAUGGAGAACUUCAAGAGUCGGAAAAUGUUCAUCUUAGUCUCGACAGUGAUGACGUGGGCCAUGACCAAGCCACAAAAUCCGGAUGAAACAGAUGUUCUGUUAACAGAAGAAGAGUACAGAAGAAGAAGGCCGCAUCCCAGUUUCAGAAACCACAACAACCUGGAGAAACUUGUGCUCAAACUGGGCAGAGGUAAAAAGGCCAAGCUUACUGGCUAUGUUGUAACUGCUGGUCUUCAGUAUGGAAAGGGAGAGAACCUCUUCCACUUCUUUUUCAAGGUGUCUUGGUUGAUGCUGUAUCCAAAAGUUCCUGUAUUUGGAGAAGGCACAAAUUUCAUCCCCACGAUUCACGUAUAUGACCUUGCAGGGGUGAUACAAAACAUCAUUCAACUCAAGCCAAAGUCAAAGUACAUUCUUGCCGUCAACGAUUCCAAGAACACUUUGGAGGAGAUUGUAAAGAUGAUAAGCGAUGUACUUGGGCCAGGGGAAAUUAACAAAGUACCAGAACAGGAAGCCAUCACCAUGAUCGCCUUUAAGCCAGAGGAACUGGAAUACCUAAGUAUCAACCUCCGCCUGGAUGCUUUUAUUAUAAAAGACUCCUUCAACCUCCGCUGGACGUCUGAAACUGGGAUGGUUGAGAACAUGGAGAGUAUUGUGGAAGAAUACAAAGACACCAGGCAGCUACUUCCAAUUAGGAUCUGCCUUGUUGGACCUCCAGCUGUGGGUAAAACCACUGUUGCAGAGAAGCUCUGUAAGCAUUACCAAAUACACCACAUCAUGAUCAAAGAGGUCAUUGAAGAAAAGACUGCACAACUGAAGGAAAUAGUGAAUGGAGCUGACCCUGAAUAUGUCAGUGAAGAGGUGGUGGCUGCUGCACAGACACAACUGGAAAAUAUCAACAAAAGCAUGGAAAUGAAUGCAGGUCGACUCGCUGACCAUCUAGUUUUUGACAUUUUGCAAGAAAAGCUGAAUUCAAAGCCAUGUAGGAACCAUGGAUUUGUUCUCGAUGGCUUCCCUAAGACUUAUGAGCAAGCAAAGUUGAUUUUCUCUGAUGAAGAAAUGGAGAACCGAGAUUUGAUGUCCAGAACCCCUGUGUACAACAAGAAGAUCACUCCAGAGCAUGUAUUUGCAUUAAAUGCCUCUGAUGAUUUCCUGACAAAAAGAGUACAAGGACUUCCACAGAGUGUGGCAGAGAAAAUGCGCUACACCCAGGACGAGUUUAUCUCUCGUCUGAUGAGAUACAAACAACUGAGUGACGCUGAGGAAACCCUGCUGGACUACUUUGAUGAGCUUGAGAUUCACCCAGAACAUAUUGAAGUCAACACAGAUGAUCCAGAGUACAUAGACAUUAUGAACAAGAUCACUGAGAUGGUGGGGAUUCCCAAGAACUACGGCCUCAGUCCAGAGGAGCAGGAGGAGGAGGACAGACGACAAGAGGAAGAGAGGAAGCAGAAACUGGCCACUGAAGCUGCUGAGAAGAAACGCAGGAAUGAGGCUACACUAGCUGAAAUGGCUGCUCAGUAUGAGGAGUGGCAGAAGAAUUUGUCGGAGGUGAAGAGGCAGGAAUACGAGCUGCUGGAAGCUCGCUGUCUUCCUCUGAGGAACUACCUGAUGAAGUAUGUGAUGCCCUCGCUCACUGAGGCCAUGUUAGAGUGCUGCAAGAUCAAACCAGAGGACCCUGUCGACUUUUUGGCUGAACAUCUUCUUCGAAACCAACAAGAUUAAAAAUCAAUCACACGAAGACAUGAUCCAACACAAAUAUUGAUUUCCAGCAUUUGAGGCUGUUUUUAUUCUACAGUAAUUAACAUAUAUCAAGAGAUAAUUGUACCAAACAUUGUUAUGUAAAAUGAAAAGAGUGAUGCAUCAGUGUUACAGGCUUAUAGUAAAUAUGAAGAAAUGUAAUCAGUAAAAUUGAUGCAUUGUAGGUAUACUGUGAUUUAACAGAAACACAUUUAACAAACUUCCUAUACUAAAAACUACACUUUCAGUGUGAGAAACAUAUUUUUUAAAUGUCACUUUGUGUGGGACUUGGCUGAGGAUGCAUGUCAGAGCUCUAUAGUUAAGCCAGGUUUCCUCUCAUUAGAGAAUUUGACCUCUUAGGGCAUCCAUCUGGGUUAUGACUCAGCACCCUGCUGUAGAGUCAGCGCUUCCUGGAAGAACCACACUCAUACUGGUCUUAUUCCAGCAAAGAUGUAAACACAAUGUGCACAAGCUCUUCUGUUGCAGGAGAGAUUAACGAAUAAUAAAUAAAUAUAUUCAAAUAUGUAA